UUAAAAAUAUUAUUAUUAACAAUUAUUUUUCCAGACACUCGGGAGAGAUGAAGCUGGACAUGAUGAUUAUUUUAUCCGUGAGAAGCGUGCAGCUGAUGACGUGACAGGAACGUAUGCAGCUGUCAUCGACAUAAGUUUUGAGGAUCCUAAACUGAGGUUGGAAUUACAGAACCUCCUGGGGGACACAAGCAUUUACAACUCACUGGCUCCUUCCAUUACAGUCACACAAGCAGCAGCCGCAUCAGGCUGCAGCGUGAAUGAGACGAACGCAAUCUGCCGUUGUGAGAAGGACUAUGAAUGUGUUGGCGUCACAUCGUGUGUAGACUCGCAAUGCGACUGUAUCACGCCAUUCCCUACGGAAGAAUAUUGCAGAGCUAUAAGAAACAUCAAAUUAUCCCCAGAGAAGCCUUUCGUUGGGGACAGUAUAACCCUAAUGUGCCUGUUUAGUGGAACCUCCACAAGCGUUUCUUGGUUACAUGAGUCUACAAGACUUCUGAAUGGCUCGAGAAACCUUAUUAUUAACAACGAACAAAAUACCAUCCUUACAAUCAACAAUGUUAGCAUGGAUGAUGCAGGUACGUACACCUGUGAUGUUACAGCCGGCGGAGAAUCACAAGUCCAGAAAAUUCCGGUGAAAAUUACAAAGUUAGAAAUUAUUACUACGGCCGACGCUGAUGUCGUUUGUAAUAACACAAAACUUGAACUGACUUGUUGCAGCGAAGACAUUCGCAUGUUCGGCAUCACGUGGGAAAUAUCAGGAUCAUCAAGCAUCGCUGGAACCUCAAGCUCCAACUCAUCUUGCGGUAUUUAUACUAUAACGGCCAGCGAGACACAGUGCCGUGCAGUCAAGUCUGGCUCCGCUACGAAUUAUACGUGCGUUUAUCAAGGAAUAUACGGGGCAAGGGGCACGAGGGUAAUAUCCGUGACCUACCUAAGGAUAGCAAAUGUUACGGUAAGAGCGGAGCCGGUUUCAGUUGGGAAGACGCUUAAAAUAACUUGUGAGAGUGAUACCGAUUAUACAAAAAUAAUGUGGGCAAAAGACAGAAUUGAUAGCUAUCUAGAUGACAGAUUCUCCAACAAAGUUAUCGAAGCAAACGCUACUAUGAGUUGGUCAGGCGUGUACUUCUGUUUCAUCCACCAAAAACACUUAAGGAGCAUUGGGUCCGCAAACGUGACUGUUGUACCAUUACCCAAACUCGAGGAGAUCCAGGUUGAGCCGCUUGACGUAACUCGUCUGUGUAACUCUUGGCAAAGACUGACAUGCUGUUUCAAGAAACAGGACUGUACCGUUCGGUUCAUCCAUGGUAACACGGCCAUACCUGGUGGGGAGAAAGAAGAUGUUGCAGAUCAGGUUUGCUACAAAGCAAACUAUAACGUUAACUGUGAUAAUGGAAAUCCGCAAACGGCGUUCAUAACUUGCGAGGUAACCAACCGACUGAACGAUAGCGCCAGGAGUCGUCAAAUGAUCAUUAGAUCCAGGAACGGGGAUAAUGAAAACAAAAAGAGCUGUACUAUAAUAAACGAAGCAAUUACUAUCCCUCAUGGUACAAAUUACUCAGUUUUAUGUAUGCGCCAGGACCCCAAUCAGGUGGGAAAUAUUACCUACACCUGUAACAAUGGAGAAUUGGAAACUAGAAAAGACUGUUAUUCUGCCCGAUUAUAUAGUCAGUUGCUGGAUGUUCAGAACGUAGUAAACAGUCCACAGCCUGAAACUACACUGCCAGCUUUCAUUGCAAGUCUUUCUGAUGUCUCAUCCGUUGAGAAAGGAAACAUUUCAAGUUCAGCCGGAAACAUAGAUUUGAUGGUCAACAUAAUAACCACAGUGUCCUCUAUCAACACCACAGUCAAGACAGCAGUGAUGGAGAAUUUUAUCACCGCCGUAAAUGUCGUGGUGGACAAUGCAACCGCCUGGCAAAGUUUAAAAACACAAAGUUCCAGACUUCUUUUGUCAGUGGAGGAAUUUGUUAAGAAACUUGAAGACAUAAACAGCUUUGAGACCAAUGGAUCUAACAGCAAUAUUCAGCUUAAAGGAAAUUCAGUAAAUUCAUCCACCGACUAUGAGGUCAACUUUGCCCUCGGCAAUAUGACAGGCGAGGUUCUUAUAAAAAAGGACUCGCUAUCCGCGGAGCCAGUCACCAUUAUCAGUGUGGCUUAUUCAACUAUGAAAGACAUUUUGCCGCCAGAAAAUGGCACAUUCCUUAACGCGUUGGUUGUUUCCACAGUACGGAAAAAAGAAGCAAGUUUUGAAGAUUUUAGCAUUUUAAUGACAUUUACAAAGAGUAAUUCUUCUCUGGUCUCUCCACAAUGUGUCUUCUGGGAUGUUACUUUGGGCCAAGCUGGAGGCUGGAAUAAGAUAUCCCCCCCUGUGGAAGAAAAUGGCUUGGUAAUUUGCACCAGCAACCAUCUGACCUCCUUUUCCGUACUGAUGUCAGAAAAAUCAGAGCUUUUUUUGGAUAUUAUUACGUAUGCAGGGGUGGGCAUUUCACUUGUCUGCUUAUUCAUUACAUUGGUAAUUGAAGCCAUGGUGUGGAGGUCAGUGAUCAAAAACAAAACGUCCUACUUGCGCCAUAUUUGUUUGGUAAAUGUAGCCGUAUCACUCCUGGUGGCAGAUAUCUGGUUUAUCAUUGGGGCAUUUCUAGAGAAGCAUCCCGAAUCCAAUGCCUGCUUGACCGCAGCCUUCUUCAGCUUUUUUUUUUACUUGGCUCUUUUCUUCUGGAUGCUCACGAUGGGUCUUCUUGUCUUUUAUCGGAUGAUUUACAUCUUGCAUGACAUGAGCAGGAAAACGAUGAUCGUUGUUGCAUUCACGUUGGGUUACGGGUGUCCCCUAGUCAUAUCUGUAAUCACUGUGGCGUCUACAGCACCAAGUCAAGGGUUUACCAGUAAGAAAUUCUGCUGGCUGGACUAUAACUCAACCAAAACUUUUCUUGCUUUUGUUAUUCCCGCGCUAACCAUUGUUUUUAUUAACUUCAUGAUUUUGGUAGUGGUAAUCAUUAAGCUCCUGCGGCCUUCCAUUGGAGAAAGACCAGGAAAAGAUGACAGGUCAAUCCUAAUUCAGAUUGCUAAAAGUAUUGCAGUCCUCACACCUCUUUUAGGCAUCACUUGGGGAUUCGGUCUUGGUGUAGUCCUGAACCCGUAUAAUACCGUACUCCAUGGAAUCUUUGCAGCUCUCAACUCAUUCCAGGGCUUAUUCAUUCUCAUCUCCACCGUGAUACUGGACCAAAAGGUUCGAAUGGCUGUAGGAAGCUCAAUGUCUUGGUCCUACUGGUCUACUCUUCGAACAAAAGUGCUGACAAGCUCUACAAAUUCCUCUGCACCUUCAAGACCAAGACAGAAAAAUCUAUUUCCAAAACGUGGUGUUUACAAUGUUUUCACAGCGAGUUCUUCAAACGAACUGUCGACCGAUUCAUAUUCUGUACUUUCCUAACACAAAGAUAUAAAUGGACUGGUUGCAAGUAUAAUCAUAUUUCUAUGAUAUAGAUAUAAAUACUUAUAUCAUAUACAAAUAUUAAUUAACCCCUUUGUGACAAGACUUCAUUUUUUUUUUUGUACCUGUACGUAACAAUGGCUUUUGACAUUUUUGCGGUGUUUGUGUUUAGCUGUAAUUUUCUUUUUUCACAUUUGAUGUACUCACAUAAAUUGUACAUUGUUUUUCCAGGACAACAAAGGCUUUCUUUAGAUACCAUUGUUUUUAUCAUAUCAUCUAAUUUACUAUAAUAAAAUAUGGCAAAAAAUAAAAAA